GAGCCGCAGUUCGGUUUUCAGCGCCAAACGCGACGGUUAACAGCGGAUCACGUUCGCGUUUUACUUUUGUGCGGAUUCAGUUGAAUUUUUGUUAAUGGUAUUCGCGGUUUUUAACUACUUAUGCACAACGCACAACACAAAACAGUAACAACAAAAUUGAAUAAUAUUAAACACAAGAAAUAAAGAAAUAUUCAACCGGUUCUCAACGAUCAACGUCAAAAUAGAAUUCAGACAAUAAAGAAGACAAAAGGCACAUAAAAUCAAUCGUAAUGGGCACUAAAAUCGAGUACGUCGAUACGACACAUUUAUACGCUUCGAAAUACAUUCGAAACUCAAAAGCAAUUGGAGUUCUUUGGGCGAUCUUCACAAUAUGCUACGCGAUCAUUGGAAUUGUGGCAUUUGUGACACCAGAGUGGAUUGGCGAUCCGGAUAGCGACAGCGCAGGUCGCUUGGGUCUUUGGCAGCAAUGUCAACGCGAUGAGAUCUUUGACAAUUGUCGACGACGAUGGGAGAACAUUUUGGCAGUGCCAACAUUUUCAUUCCAGUUGGCCACUUUCUUUAUGAUUGGAGCCGUUGGUUUGGCCUUGCUCACCAUAUUCUUUUUGGUCUGUUUGCUGUUUAUGAAGUCAACGCGCGUCUUUCACAUUUGCGGCUGGAUGCAGAUCAUAUCAGCUCUUUGCAUGAUUGUGGCAUGUGCCGCAUUUCCUUUUGGCUGGAACUCUGAUGACUUCCGCAAGAUUUGCGGACCUGAAGCGAAUCGAUUUGAGUUGGGGCUUUGUGGCAUUCGCUGGGCAUAUCCAUUGGCCAUUAUUGGCUGCAUUGAUGGCGUUGUUUUAGCCACGUUGGCCUUCAUUUUGGCCACGCGUCACGUGCGACUUCAGCCUGAUCCCAUUUAUCAGAACUCGCUCUACAAAGGUGAAAUCAAUAAUGCGUAUCUAACGGAUGCCAUCAGCUUGGCUGGUUCACGCAAGUCGAAUCCUCACAUAACUGGCUUGAAUCUGCAGCCCAUUUUGCUGGUGGCGCCACCUAACGAGGACAGCAUCUCGCAGUUUUCGCGCUACCACUGAGAUUACCUUGCCUCUAGCGCAUUUUCAACGAACUAACGCAACUCGAUCGACUUGGGUUGCUGUCCGCGCUAAAGUUGAAAAGUUCCCGCGCACUGACUGCGUUGAGUUGGGCUUUUUUUU